CCCAACCUUGCGUAGGUAGGUAUGUAGUUUGACCUCCUUAGCUUUAUCGCUCCACUGUUCUUUUGUCUUCCCCCAUAUCUUCAAUCUGUUGAGCAGACCAACCUCCGCAAACGCAACCACUCACGACAUCAUCGACUAUUUUCCUUUCACUCAUUUGAGUGAACCUCGAUACCUACCUACCUAUCCACGUAAUUCAUUCGAAUUAAGGAAACGCCAUCACAAUAAUUCGCAAUGAAAUUCUCUACCGCCUGCGUGGCAGCUCUUUCUGCCAGUGUAGCCUCGGCUGGAAGCUGGUUUAGCUCCCAAGACGUCGUCGCUAAGGAGGCGCAGAAGGUUCCUGGUGAAUCUCCUCUCGAGUUCUGCGAUACGGACCACAGCAAAGACAUCAUAAAGAUCGAGAGCGUUGAUUUAUCACCCAAUCCCCCAGAGACUGGCUCCGAGCUAGUCAUCGAGGCUACAGGAACCGUCUACGAGACCAUCACGGAGGGCGCAACCGUUAACCUCGUCGUUAAGUAUGGUCUGAUCCGUUUGAUUAGCACCACCGCCGACCUGUGUGAACAAAUCGAGAAUGUCGACCUUAAGUGCCCUAUUGAGAAGGGAGUUCUGUCUAUCACCAAAUCCGUCGAAAUCCCUAAGGAGGUCCCUCCUGGAACCUACAACGUCUACGCGGAGGUGGUCAACGCCGAUGGCGAAACCCCCAUCACCUGCCUCCAGGCCACAGUGAAGUUUGGUGGCAAUAGCAAGUCGGAGAUUGAACUAUAGAUUGUCUUUGGGCAGACGAAACGAGACUUGUAUUACCGUCAUAGCCUUGGAGAGAAGGGCGCAAUUUAAACCUGGAUUGGCGAUUACUUGAGUACCUACGCAUGGCAUGGCACUCUUUUGAUGGACGCAAGGGCACCUUUCACCCUACGCCUGUAUUUGUACGGACUACGGACUUGAUGGCAUCAUAGUUUGAUAUUUUGCUUCCCCGAGUCUGGUUCGACAUUUUUCUUUGAUACCGCAUGGUUGUGAUGAAGGCACGUAAUCACAUGAGUUUAGCAUUAGUCGCGCAUAUACAAUGAUACCCCGUAAGGGCGUUUUCGAGUCUUUAAA